GGACCUCUAAGACAUUUGCUACUGUUUUGCACUUUAAUGUUCUUACUAGAAAAAAAUUCAUUCUUUUAAAAAAACUGUUUAAUGUUCAAAAUCUAUAUAUACACCCAAUAGUUCAUUGUGUUGACAUUUUCUGAAGUUGUCCCAUUUUUAUGACAUAGUCUUGAAGUUGAAUCUUAUUUAUUUAUUUCUUUUAGUAUAACAUGGAAGCUUAUAAAUAUUGUCCAGUCAAUGAGGCGUAUUUAUUUACGUCUCCAUUGAUGAAUAUUGAUAUAUUUAAAGAGCAAUGUGUUUUGAACAUUGAUUUUGAAGACAUGGAGGUAAGAAGAAAUGAUAAAAGUCAAUGGCAAAUAGACAAAGAAAAACUUGCAGAAACACUUAAAACUGAUUUGCAGACAGUUUUGGAACUGGAGGAGGUGUGCAGCAUUGAUAAUUUAAAGUGUGACUAUGAAGAUCAAUUCGAUUUCAAUCAACGGCAUGUGUUUAAGGAUUUUCCAGAUGAUAACAAACUACAAACUGUAAAGCAAGUUAAAAUGGGCAAAACAAAAGUUGAAGAAUUGGCAUAUGUCCCUACAUUCCCUGAGCCUUUUAUGGAAGAAAUCAGCGAAGAGGACGAACUAGUACCCAGUGGUGAAGUUUUGUUGACGGUCUCUAUAUUUCAUCCUGAAAAGAGAAAAGUUCAUAUGGAAUUCAAAGUACUUCCAGAUCAGAAAUUAACUGAAGUGCGAGAUCUUAUAACGUGUCAGUCAGAUAAAGUUAUUUUUGGUGAAUUCAGUUCGAAUCCAAGCUUGGAAGGAGUCAAGACUGCUAAGGAAAUCAGUGAUGCUUCCUUCUUUUUUGUUGAACAAUGUUUUUAUAAUGACACUAGAAACCCGUUAAAUCGUGAUUAUAGCAGAAUUAUUAAAGAAUGGGCAAAAGAAUCUGAAAGAUAUACCGUUCCCGGGUUAGGAUUGUUUGAUUCAACAAACAUGCAGGAUAAAACUUUUAGAGACCUGAAUUUUCGACUUGGUUACCCGUAUUUGUUUUGUCAUCAAGGUAACUGUGAGCAUCUGAUGGUUUUUAAUGACAUGAGAUUGAUCUCAGAAGAUGAUCCACAGAAAGUAGAAAGUUAUCCCUUGAAGACAUUGGUGUUAUUGCCUCGACAUAAAAGAUGUUCCAUCUGCAACAUUCACCUAAUAAAGUGGAUGACAAAGAACGAUGAAAUGGCGUUUGAAGAUCCAAGUUUUUUCUGCGACAAAUGCUUUCGUUAUCUUCACUACACAAAAGAUGGCAAAAAACUUGCAUCUUUUCAAGCUUUUCCUUAUGUUAGCACUGAUUAGAAAGCUUAAGGGGUGUAGGUGGGUAGUGGUGGAAAAGUAAAUACGGGUAUAUAAUAAUGCUCAAAGCAAACAUGCUAUAGAACACUGUUUUAUUAAACAUGGUGGAUUCUAAAGUCAUUCAAAGAAAUGCACAAGACUGGAGUUUCAACAGAAAAAUGUUGUUCUUGUUGUUGCUGUUGAUGUUGUGUUACGCUUGGCAGCAACUGAGCAGUUACUUAACAUUGUAUAUGAAUUUAAGAAAAAUUCAGAAUGAAUAUUUAGAAAAAAGUAAGAAAACGUUGAUUUUAUGCAUAGUUUUUUAUGCACUUUCUUAAGUUUUGACUUAUAUUGUAUAUAUUAACAGCUAGUUUUGUGUUGUUUUUACUUUUGUAAUUGCAUGUUG